AUGACAACAAAUUCCCAUUCCAUAUGCACUCGUUUCGGCAUUCACAAUUCUGAUAUCCAUACCGUUCAGCAAAGCUACUUGAUCAUCACUUAUCCGGCAUGGAACGAGUACAAAGUGGGCCCGGGCGACACCCAGACCGCGAUCGGUGUGAAGUGGGCCCGACGACUGAAGCAAUACACAUCCAGCAUCGCUCUAUUUGGCUUAAAACUGCUCUACAAUCUCCCGAGGGCCACAUCCAAUCUUCCAAAGUUCGCCGACACGGCUCGAAGAUCUGCUUCUAAUGGUUCGGUUAUCGAGCCAGACUCGUCAUCAUUAAAGAGUAACCCGCCUGGACUGAGACGAAAGAUAUCGAUGGCAUUUUGCAAGGGGCAGCUCGAGCCAACAGUGGUCCAUCGAACCCAGUUCAAGGGUCGGCCUUGCAUUAUCUCGAUUGAGCAGGAAAUGAACGACAAGGCAGUACAACAAAUCACCCUAGAUACCUCCCCUUCCACUUCGGGGGCCGACUCAACGAGUACUGGCCUAAAGUCAUCACACCCAAGUGCUGGCGAAUCGACCGCCAAAACAUCUGUUGAUUCGAAGACUUCUAAAAAAUCCAAGAAGUCGCCUGCUUCUCAAACCUCUUCCGAGACUAAAAGAGUGGUACCAAAUCAGGCAACUGCGAGAGGCGGUUCUAAUGAAAACGUGCUCACUACUAUUACCGAAACUGAAGGCAUUGAGGCCCCAGAUCCAGUUCCCACGGUUGUCACCGCUGAGAAGGCGGCAACAGCGAAGGUGUUUUUCGAAUGUCAUUACAACGACGUGACCUCAGGUGCACUAACAAAUAGAUCUUUACGCCGCCGACAACUUGAAGCCGCUUUGUAUGAUGACAUAGUAUCAUCUGAAGCCGAGAAAGAUGAUAAGCGCCGAGCCUGGGCGAAGAUGGAGAGCGACCAUCUCCGUGAAUUUCGAGCCAUGAAAAUCCGCAGCUUGACUGCCUUAAAAGGGGAAGAUGUUAUUGCGGCGAGAUACGAGGUGGUCAAAGUCCUAGGGAAAGGCAGCUUUGGUGUUGUCCGUCUGGUCAGAGAGAAAGGCGAAAAAGACACUCCGCCCGGAUGCCAGAAGAAGAGAAGGGAUAUUUAUGCUAUGAAGGUUAUUCGCAAAUCAGACAUGCUCCGCAACAGCCAAGAGGCCCAUUUACGCGCCGAGCGUGACUUUCUCGUUUUCGCCGAAGGCUCACGAUGGGUCGUGCCCCUUAUAGCAAGCCUUCAAGACCUGAAUCACUUGUAUCUCGUGAUGGAAUAUAUGCCCGGAGGUGACUUUUUGGGAUUACUCAUCCGUGACAAUGUGCUCAGCGAACCAGUCACUAAAUGGUAUAUUGCCGAGAUGAUCCUAUGUAUUGAGGAGGCCCACGCACUUCGAUGGAUCCAUCGAGAUAUCAAGCCAGAUAAUUUCCUCAUAUCAGCCUCCGGACAUCUGAAAAUAUCAGACUUUGGUCUCGCCUUUGAUGGCCACUGGUCUCAUGACCAGUCCUAUAUCAACAAUCAUAGGUACUCGUUGCUCACAUCACUUGGUAUUACAGUUGAUGGGGACUCAGUUGAUAAGAAGGAAGAGUGCAGCGUUGCCACAGCCAUGGAGAUUGCACAUAAGCUUGUAGGAGGCAAGGGACGCCACGAAAGACAUGUUCCAGAGGUCUCUGAAACUGAGGGCAUACUGAACUGGCGUAACCGCAAGUGCAACAGGGCUCUUGCCCGUUCUGUUGUAGGUACCAGUCAGUACAUGGCUCCCGAAGUCGUCAGAGGGGAACCAUAUGAUGCUCGCUGCGACUGGUGGAGCGUGGCGGUGAUUAUGUACGAGUGUCUUUAUGGGUAUACCCCCUUCUUGACUGAAGGAGGCAGGCAGCAAACAAAGACGAAUAUUAUUAACCAUAAGGAGACAUUUGCUUUUCCUCCCAAGCCUGUGGUCAGCAAAAGAUGUCAAGACCUCAUACGUGGUAUUAUCCAGGAGAAAGAAAACCGCCUUUCUUCGAGGCGCUAUAAAUCAAACCACCAAGCUCCAGGAUCCCGCCAGAACAAAGACUAUGCCGGGCGUUAUAUAUAUCCACAUGAUGCGGAGGAUAUAAAAGCCCACAAGUGGUUUCGAGAUAUUCAGUGGGACCGAAUGCACAUGAUGGUACCGCCUUUCGUUCCAAAUAUCAAAUCACUGGAUGAUACCCAUUACUUCGACGAGGAAGAGUCAAUCUCAGACUUUUCAGGUUCCAAGUCAAACACCGAACCAGCUUCAGCAGAGAUUACCGACGCCUUGAGACCGUUCAAUCCAGAGAUUCGAGGCUUGGCCAAAGCAUUUAUUGCGCGUCCUCAUGAUUCAACAAGGCUAAGGAAAGCCGAAAAGGAAAUCGACACCUUCCCAGUUGGGGAGGAACAGAAGGAAUACCUGAAGGCUUUUGUCAAGCAUUAUGGCAAGAAGGAAAAGAAGCCGCCAAGAGAUAGGCUCCUAAGGGAUAAGGAGUCUGCGCCAAAGGUGUUGGAGCUCAGGAAGCGAGGCGCAUUCCUAGGAUAUACUUAUCGUAGAUUCAGGGGCGGAAGGCAAAGUAUUGGGAGGGCGGCAAGCCAGGGGACGAUCCCUAUCAUGGUUGGAAGUUCGGCGGGGAAGAGAGUCUGGUAUCGGGCUAGAUUGAGCACCCAUUGA